CCGCGAAAUUGUUACUCAGAGAAGAGGACACUGAAAAGCCGUACAGGAAUACGAGUUGACGCAUGUGAGAUCUGGUCAAGAGUGGCUAGCAAAGCAUGUGCUGUGCUGUUUGAAGACUUCCUGGAUUAUAUAUAUAAAUAUUUCUGAAUUCUUUUAGCAGGCAGCGAGGGUUACUAUAUUUGAACCAACUGUCUUUGGAUAAGUUGGAAUAUAUAAUUUUUUUAACCGGUAAUAUUAUCAAAAGUCACGUUGUGGUGGACACGUGUGUGCGGUGGUCAAACCACAUGUUUUGGGAACGAUUUUUUUUUAAAUUCGGUUAUCUUUGAGUGUGUUUUGCGUUCAUUAACGUCUGAUCUUUCAAAGGGAAUAAUGUCGUCCAAUUUCUCAAAAAGCUCUUGCUAAAUUCCGCACGUAUAUCUUUGGGGUUCGUAUAUUUCGUUUUCUCAUUCAGUGGGACUAGCUAUGUCGGAUGUCGACUUUGCAGCAGAAUGUUUGGUCUCGAUUUCUAACCAGGCGGUGAGGGACCGCUGUCCUGAAAUGAUCCAGGCGGAAGAUGUCUCGAAGGAUAGUCAAGAGAACAGGACGUUGCACAUGGUCGCAAUGAUUCUGCUCGACCUGAACAAAUGUAACCCGGCCAACCGUAGUGGCAGCGGAACGAAAUGUUUGGGCGAGAGUGAUGCGGGUAACCAGCAGGGUGUCCGUGGGAGCCGGGUGAGCGGGGAGCCAGAGCGGAAACCGAGCGGAGUGGCAGCGAUGCAGACGCGUGAAAGGAGAACUGGGAGACUGCGCGCGCCCCCCGAGAAGAGACACUGGUGUCCCUUUUCCGGUUGUGGCAAAGUGUAUGGAAAAUCGUCUCAUCUCAAAGCGCACUUCAGGGUACACACCGGUGAAAGGCCCUUUCAGUGCACCUGGCCUGACUGCGCCAAGAAGUUCUCGCGAUCCGACGAGCUGACUCGGCACUACCGCACGCACACCGGCGAGAAGCGCUUCACCUGCCCACUGUGCGACAAGUGCUUCAUGCGCAGCGACCACCUGACCAAGCACGCUCGUCGCCAUGCCAACUUCCACCCCAGCAUGAUCCAGAGGAUGUCCGGGUGGAGGAAGCGCUCUUCAUCCUCCGUGUCCUCGUCAUCCGAUUCCGGGGACCAGACGUCCGCGAGCAUGUGAGGUCUGGUGGUCCCCAGCUACUCCCCAGAACCCACCCCCACCCUUUCACAACCCCGCCCCCAACUCCAGCAAUACCACGCCCUUUCACCACACCAUGUGGUCCCUGACCUUUGACCCUCCCAGCCACCACUAUGACUUACACAUAGACUGCUCGCUGUGGAACGUUCAAGAAGAGUAACACCGAUGUUGGCUGGCACUGCCCGGAUUGGAGACUGGCAUGUCUGGAUUGGCAUGUCUUCACUGCUGUUUUUGCUCCCAUUCAGACUCACAGAGAAAGAUUUCAGUGUGUUUACUGGGGGGUAUUCUUACCCGUACAGUUGCACAAAGUUGAAUUUUUCAGAUUUUUUUUAUUUACCCCCGCCCCACCCCCACCACAACAAAAUCUUAUACAAACAUCUUUCAGAACACCGCCCCUGUCAAACGCUAAAACAGCAAAGAUGAAUGUAUUGAGUAUGUAAAUAUAAAUGUACAGGAACAGAAUUCAUAAGGGAAAAUAUAAGGGUUAUUUUUUGGUAUGAAAUGAAGUGCAGAUGGCAUUCAGAGUCUUUUGAGGAUCAGUAGGCUACCGGUAGUUUUGCAGACCUUAAUCGAGAGGCAAACUGAGGGUCCCAUUUGUAGAGCUGCUCAGUUAUCUAUGUUUCUCAGUCAUUUUUUUAAUUAAGCAAAAAAAUGUUUUUUGUUCUGUAUAAAGCAUUAAGAUGUGAUAUGAUUACACUUGAGCCUGACUAAGUCUUGGUGUCAAAUCGUAUCAUGAAUAAUGCAAAACUGAUAAUUUAAAUAUUUUGUAAAUCUUUUCUAACAAUCAGGUUAACUUAUAUUCGCUUUUAUUUGACUUUCUUUUUACUCAAAAACACACUGAAGGGGAAGAUGCAUUAAACUCCAUUGUACAUUUGUCAAGUGUUCAGGACUUCUAUACGCUGCCUUUUUUAACUGGAAGUUGUGUAUUUGGUGUUAGAUAGUAAUUAAGAAUGCUUACAUUUCAGUGCUUUUUAACCACUACUUGUACUGGCGAUACACUGAAAACAUGUUAACCAAAAUGAUAUAGAGACUAGCAACAGCGAGAAAGAGAUGCACAGGACAAAUAGAGAUGGAGGAAUAUCUUGUCCGUCUCUGCGAUUCCCCUGUCGAUAAAAAGAAACAUGUCAUUUCUUUAUUAAUGUUUAACCGGAAGGCGUUCUUAGGAAGCCUGUGAGUUCGCGCACGUGCAAGCGUCAGACAGACGACUUUGCUCUCGGCGGAAGAGGAAGCCUUGCUCUUUAUGAUCCUGUAAACACGGAUAACGGCCGGUGUUAUAACAAGGACAAUUACGAUUGACCGUUUGCCUUGCCAGCCAGGUGUCUCCCCCGUUAGCAGUCGCAGAAUUCUACAGAAUUUAAGAGGACAAUCGGCGAUGUCGUUCCCCCACGUGCUCCGUUUGUGUCUCGGGGGUACUGGGCGGAUCUGGCUCGCGACGUCGGUUUGUUACUCGAUCUCACUGAGGAUAUGAUCGGACUCAUUCAUCUGGCUGAAAACCCGGCCUGGCAUCGCUCACUGUGGUUUCUGUAUUCUGUGCUAGUUUAUUUGUGCAUUUGAGUCAUUUUUAAGGAAUAACGAAAGAUCUGUGUGUGUGGCACUUUUUGAUUUUUCUCUGCUUGGUUACGCUAAGAUCAAUAAUAAUCUCCCCUAAAUGUUAAGAUUAUUACAUUUCAUUUGGGACAAGGUCAUUUUACAUCAGAUCUUUUUACUGUAGCUAAAGGUAAGAAAACCCAAAUUGGCAAUGGUACCUAUUCCAUUAUUAUUAUUAUUAUUAUUAUUAUUAUUAUUCAUAAUAAUAAUAAUAAACAGAUGUGUGGUCUACCUCUACCAGUUGAUGGACGUUGUGCGACAAAAUUGUUUUUAAUUCUUUGGUGUCAUCACUAGUGCCCCCUAGGAGCCAAAAUGAAUGUCAUUUCAUCAGAAAGAAUGUACCUUAAUAGAGUGUUUUUCAAAUUUUUUUUUUUUUUGCAUGUGUAUGCAUUUAUGUAAUAUAAAUAGUUGUAAUGAUUUGUUUUAUUGCCGUCCUUUAGCGGUGUUAUGGUUUGGGAUAUAUGCUGUCAAUGGAGAUAAAAUGACAUUCAUUAACUGGGUUUUGGACAGAGGCCUAUGAAUGGGGACAUGGAAAAUGGUUCCUACCACAGUAAUUGGGAAUUUCAGUGAUCUGGAAGCACUUCUCAGUGGGAGGGUGGCUCAUAUCAGCCGCCACCAUUUUGUAGCGUUCACUUUGGUGGGUGCACGGAAGCCAUUUUGUUGCAUAAUGCUGACCAACACGUCACAUAAGGUGGAGACGGGAGAGAUUCAACCGAAUUAAACGUGGGAUUCUGAGGUGACUGAAACAGGGGUAGGCAACCGUGGUUGUGCAGUGGCAGAGAUGUUCCUGGUUUUUGCUCCAUCCGAACACCUCACUACAUAAUCAGAUUAAUUAUUAGGCAUCGUGAAUGUAGGUGACUAUGUGCUGGAGGUUCUCCAUGUUCCACUAUUCAGACUCUGAAUAUUCAUGCUCAGACUCAGACUUAAUAUCUCGGCCAAAGUGUAUGUGCUAGUUUGGAUGGAACAAAAACCAGAUAGGACUGAAGCUCCAGGUCCAGGAUUGCCUUCCCUUUGGCUGAAAUAUCACCUCUCCCACCCCCUUCUCUUCCACAAUACCCAGAAAUCUCCUAGCUGAUAGCCAAUCAGCUGAGAUGGUGUCAAUGACCUCAUCAGAAACAACACCCUCCGCAAUAUUGUGGGAAAGAACUCUUUUCAAGGACAAAUGUUUCAUCAACAUUUUACCUGUUGGUGGAUAACUGGUGUCGCAGAUUAUACUUUUUAUAUCCAUUUAUAGCAGACUGCACUCCCCAAAUCUCCAAUUAUAAAAUGGUUGUUUUCUUCAUUGAAAUGUGUUAUGUAGUAUGUAGCCAUGACAGUCAGAAUGAUGUGGUUUUCUCUCAAUGUUACCCUGCAACAGGCACACCCUAAAUAAUUGCCACGUUCUGUAUUUAGUCCUGUUGGACAAACACAAUUUCAGUGCAAUGCUUUUCAGUGUACCUGAAGAGAUCCUCUUGCCUUUGUUUCGGGUUUUUUUAUGAUCAUUAUAUGUUCCAUGUUUAUAAUGUAUAAGGUAAUGUACAUAACUGUUUGACUGGUUUAAACUGGGUUUUAUCCAAUUACUUUAAACAUUAAAAGCCACAGCUUUUGUACAUA